CAUGUCUUCCUCCUCCCAUCCGAUCGAAUCCAUCGAGGCCGAUGAACCGUCCGUGCACCACGUCCUGGUUGAUCCCGAAGAUGACACGUGGGGGUUGAUGGAAGACGGAGGAUAUCCGACCGACGUCGAGAGCUUUGCGACCUCGCUGAGUUCCACCGUUCUAGACUACAAAUGGGUCAAUGGACGACGUUUCCACGCCUACAAGGAGGGCAGCUACAAAUUCCCCAACGAUGAACGAGAACAAAACCGACUGGAUAUGAUGCACUGCAUGUUCAAGCUGGCCAUGGGUGGCCAAUUAUUCCUCGCCCCGGUGGAAGUGGAGCAGCCUUUGCGGGUGCUGGACAUUGGCACGGGAACGGGUAUCUGGGCGCUGGAAGUUGGCGACCAAGACCCAAACAUCAAAAUGAUCCUAGGCAACGACCUCAGUCCCAUUCAACCCGAUAUUGUUCCGCCCAACGUGGUAUUCGAAGUCGACGACGUCGAAGCCUUAUGGCCUCCACGUCAACCCUUCGACUUCAUCCACGCCCGCUACAUGUGCGGAUCCAUCCAAGACUGGCCCAAACUCUUCCACCAAGCCUACCAACAAACCCGAGUAGGAGGCUGGAUCGAAUUCCAAGAAUUCCACCUCGUCAACUACAGCCAAGACGGCACACUCACCCCCGAUAACAACGUCAACAAAUUCUUCCAGCUCCUCGCCGAGGCAUGCGAGAAAAUGCACCGCCCCGUGACUGUCGGAACCGAACUAGCCAACUACGCCGCUGCAGCCGGGUUCCGUAACAUUCACCAUCAAGUCUAUCCCUUGCCGUUAGGGCCGUGGCCCAUGGAUCGCCGAAUGAAAGAGGUUGGGGCCCUCAACAUGAUCCAGUUCCUGGAGGGACUGGAGGCAUUUAGUGUGGCGACAUUCAGUCAUGUACUUGGGUGGAGUCCUGAAGCGGUGCAGGUGUUUUUGACUCAGGUGAGGGCGGAUUCGCUGAAGAAGGACGUGAAUAUGAUGCAUAAUUUUCAUGUGGUGUAUGCUCAAAGGUUGUAAGUGGUCUCGAUUGAUGAUAUCCGGG